CGUCCUCCCCGAGGCCAGGUGGCAUUGACGCAGACUUCUCGUCGCAUCAGUUUAGUUGCACCAAAGCUUUCAAGCGCACUUGGCAGAUGUCAACGCAUCAAUGACUCGUGCGACGCUUUUGCAGCAAGCGUCGUGGCUGCUUGGCGUCCCGGAAGCGGUGGCAAGGGCGCAGGGCGCCGCGGUUCGUGGGCGUAUUUCUGUAGCGUCUGGAGGGGUCGCGUCCCCCGCACGCAGCCGACGACAGAGCAUUGAGGCGGAUGGGACGGCCUCGCUGUUGCCCAACCAAUGCAACGCUUCAUUCGCUAAGCAGCUGAACGACGCGAUCGUAUGCGCCCGGCGCUCAUGUCAUCGCUUGACAUACUUCAGCACCGGGGGGACCUCGCUGCACCACAUCAACGGGGGCGGCUCGAGCCUGUGGCAAAGUCUUGAUGAUGCCAAUUCAGACUUGCUCCCAGCGCUUGCGCUCUUUCAGCGCCUGCAGAAGACGGCAGAAUCACUGUCGCACCAGCUAGGCGCGAAAUCGGGGUCUGUCUGCUGCUCCUUGCUGCUCGCGUGCUCUCAGCAGGACCCCCGCGACGCGGCAUCAUCAGCAGCCGACGCACUGCGUGGCCUGUGCGAGGCCAUCACAGCAGCAAAUGCAGCUUUAGCGUCUCUGUCCGCAACAACCGGAUCAUAUGUAGAUGACCCGGUGCUGGGGCUCCUCUCCGUCGAGGAGCCGGCGUGCCAGGACUGCCUCCUGGUGCUAGCCGCGUUCGCGCUGGCAUGCCUGCACCGCUGCUCUCGGGCCCAUCCCGAGAGCUGCCGACGGGAGGCGAUAGCAAUCUUCCAGCACGUGCGGGCGCUGCCUGGGUUUGACUCUGAUGGCGGUGACGCCGCGGCGGCGGCGGCGGGCGCGCUGGCUCAGGCGCCGCGCGCGCCCGGUGGCGGCGGCCGUGUGCGGCGCAGCAGCGCGGGACCGGGCGCGGCCCCCUACCUCCCCGCCAACUUCUCACGCAUUAUCCAGCAGGCCGCCACCACUCUGGAGCGCGGUCUGUUCCCGGACAGCAGCGCAGCUGCCGCGGCAGCGGCAGAGCCGGAUGCUGCCGCCUCCUCCUCCGCCUCCUCGCUGUCAGCUGUGUACCUGCGGGCUGCGCUGGAGGCCGCCCACUGCCUGGUCGCAGAGGCGCUGCGGCAGGGCCGCGGCCUGGCGCCAGCGGAGCUGGAGCCCGGCAGCGGCAGUAGCGCCGGCGCCUCUGUCGCGGCUGUAGCAGGGGAGCGGGUUGGCCUGCCGUCGCGGUGGCUGGGGCAGCAGCCCGUGACGGGCAGUGGCAUGGCGGCGGCGGAGCCGGGGCUGUUGGUGUUUGGCGAGGUACCGGGUGUUGGAGAGCCGUUUGAUUUGCCGCCGCAGCCUCAGCGCCAGCCGCUGCCGCAGCACCAGCAGCACCAGCCGCCGCCGCCGAACGUCCCGCCGCUUGCUGCGCAGCCCUCUCAGGGCGCCUUGGGGCUGCCGACCAGCGGCAGCCUGGCGGACGCAAUCGAGCGCCUCCUCAUCCAUCGCAGCGGACCACCAAGCGCCGCUGGUGGCAGCGGCACGGGCGGCGGCUACCCCGGCGCGCCCGGGUCUGCGGCGGCGUCCAACUUAAUGCCGGCGCCUGCAGGGCUGUCUGUCGGCGGCGGCAGUCUGAACAGCGGCGCGGGCGGCGCGGGCGGGGCUGUGGGCGGCGGCUCCGCCACCGGCCUGCAUCGGCUGCCUGCCGGCGUGUCCAUCCACCCGGGCGGUGGCGGCGGCGGCGGCGGCGGCGGGCAGCUGGGCGGCCACAUGCUGACGUCAGCAGCCAUCAACUCGCCGCUCCUGCUCUCGCCGGGCGUCACAGCCAGCGGCGAGGCGCCGUCGCCGCCGCCGCCAGCGGCGUCGGCGUCGGCAAUGGCGGCGAUGGCGGCUCUUCGUUUGGACGUGGCUAGCGGCGUCAGGCUGGUGGCGUCACCGGCGCCGGGGUCUCCGGCGGCGGGCCGGCCGCCGCUGCCACAGCCCUGGAGGGCCUCCGCCACCGCAACGGCGGCGGCGGCGGCGGCGACGUCAGCGCUGUCCUCUCCGCACGCCUCGCAGCACUCGCUGCUGCAACGCGGCGCCAUGCUGCCUGUCGGAAGCAGCGGCAGCGGUGGUGGUGUGGCGCCGGCGUCGAGUCAGACAGCCUACCGCCAGGGCGCCUCCAUCUCUGCCACAGCUGCCCUCGGUGGCGGCGGCGGCGGCGGUGGCGGCGGCGGCUUUGCGGCGCUGGCCUGCGGACCGAUGUCCGCUGGCUACCUGGCGACGAGCAGCGCCGCCAGCAGCCCUUGCGGCAGUGCCGUCGUCAGCCGCAACGCGAGCUUCGUGUCGCAGCACUACCAGCAGCAGCAACAGCAGCAGGCGUCGUUCCUCAAUGGUGGAGGAGGAGCAGGGGCGGGCGGUGGCGGCGGCAUGGGCACCAGCAGCAGCCGCAGUCUGGGCGCGCGCUCGUCGACGUCCGCGGCGGAGGAGGUGACGGCGCCGCCGCAGUUGCUGGGGCCGCCUCAGCCGUCACUGGCGCGGGACGCGUCUUCAGGUGGCGGCGCGGCGCCGAUGCUGGUCGACGACGUUCCGGGCCUCCUGGCGCGUGCGGGCAGCUCUGGCGGUGGGGCCGGCUUGAUGCCGGCGCCGCGGUCCCUGCAGGGGGGCGCGGAGGACGAGUGGGCCGCCGGCGCCGCCAGCGCAGGGCGCCCCGGCGGCAGUGACGGCGGAGCCGCCGGCGGCGGGCCGUUCGUUAUCCAGUUGGCGGCAGCCGGCGGCGGCGGCAGCGCCAACCCGAUGCGUCGGUUGCUACCGACCGGCUCCGCAGCCAGUCGCGACAGCGCCGGCGCUGCCAGCGACGGCGGCCGCUCGCGCAGCUCGUCCUUCACCUCGCGUGCGUCGGCUGCGGCGGCGCCGCCGCCACUGCAGGCCUCUAGCAGCCGCGGCGGGGGCGGGUUCCACCACCCUCCUGACCUCAUCAUCGGCGGCGAUGCCGGCCUAGCCAGCGGCCUCACGUCACCCGUCGCGCCCGCAAGCCCCUUGGACACGCCCUUCCUUCGAGGCGUCGCCGCCGCUGCCAACGCCGCCAACUCUGCCGGCGGUAACGCCGCCGCCGCCGUCGCGCCGACCAGCGCCGGCUCGCUCCCCAAGCUUGGUGAGGGGUCCCUGGUGACGCUGACAGGACCGUCGCAGGCGCCGCCAGGGCCGUCGCGCGGCCGCCACAGCACGAAUGGCGGCGGCGCCAUCGCUAUCCCCGCCACCGCCGGCGUCACCAUUAGCGCGCUUGGCGGCGGUGUGACAGGCCGCGCCUUCUCGCCCACGCUUAGCCUCAGCAUCGGCGCGCGGCCGGGUCCAGCGCCGCUCUCGUCGCUCGCUGUCAGUGGCGGUAGCGGCAGCAACACAGCUCCCAGCUCCCCUUCAGCGGCAUCCAUGGCGGCGGCGGCGGCGGGCGCCGGCGCAAUCGGCAGCCCGGCCAUCAGCCGCCUUGCCAUGUCGUCCAGCCUGGCGGCGGCGCCCGCGGCGUCGGCGUCGGCGGCAGGUAGCAGCGCUCCAGGUGGCGGUGGCGGCGGCAGCGGUGGCGGCGGCGGCAGAAGCUCCGUCACGGGGCUCUCUGUGGGCAGCGGUGCCACAGCCGGCGCCUCGGCCGCCGGCUCUGGGCUGAAGGCGUCCGCGGCGGCCGCAUUCAUGGCGGCGAUCUCGGGCGGCAUGCACCACCGCAAGCAAUAAGGGCGGCAGGCCCGCGGUGUGUUGUUGGAAUAGGUUUGCGCUGCAUGCUGUAAAGUACGUGCAAGGGCGUGGACGUGAGCGCAGGGUUGUACACGUGCGCUUUAGAGCUAGAGAGCUGUGUGCGUAUGCACGUUUCCUCGAAGCCCCAGAAUAGCAAGUCGUAUUCAUGCCGGAGCUCUUGGAACUGUGUUUGGCGUGAUCACUUGAUUUAUCCACAUUAGUUCUCGCGAUACCCGCACCGCGGGAAGGCGGAAGGGUUGGAGGAAGGCGACAGCAGUUGCGCCGCCGAGGUGAAACCCAGGUAAUGACAUUGCAAGUGAUGGGCAACAAUGACUUCAUUGAGGAAUCUGGGCUGUGGCCUGCUAGCACUUGGCACUUGUCGUGAGAGUUACACCACCGCUCGAUGACCUUUCUAUGACUCGGCAAAUGUCUAGUUUGACACUGUCAUAUCGCGGCGGCAGCAAUCAUCGCCGCUACAGCAUUGUUCGCCACCGGCCUGCCGGAUGUCGGUCAGGUUGGGUCGGCGUUGCCCAUGCGGCUUGUGUCCUUGCACACGAGUGCGUGACUGCGUGAUGUAUGUGUACUUGCGUGCGUGUGCGGGCGUAUUUCUUAGUUGACUGGUGUCCCAGUAGCAAGUACUUUGAAGGGCGUGUUGAUGCUGCUGUGCCUUAACCCCGCAUUGCUUGAUGAGAUGAGAGUGUGUGCAUGUGCCCGGGCCUGCAGGUCGGAGGUUGUUACUUCGAAAUCUCGCUCUUGAGGUACAAGAAUGACCCCAUUGCAUCUUGCAGAUGCGUUCGUGCUUGUGACUUCAAGGUGCAGCAGGGGUUUGUGUCUGAUGUUUGCGUUAGCUUGUGUUUUAUGGCCUUACGAGUUACGGCUUGCCGGUUGUGUGGUGAGGACACAUAACUUGAAUGGAGAUAAGGGCGCUCUACACGGCCUGAGCAGACCUGGCCGGGCAGGGGUCAGGGCCCUGCCGCGGGCUGCAGCAUGCGCCAGUGCAUACACGCGCCCGCCCACGAGCCAUGCGUGCGGCGCGCGGGCAGCGGGUGAGCUGUUGGGUGGGGCGGGGACACGCAUGGGCAACUCCUGCCCGUGGAGUUGGGGGGGAGAGGCGGGGGAGGCGGGGGGUGACACGCGCGGCCGGUCGAGACACGCGGCAGGCCUGAUGGCGCCUGCGCAUGCGAGGGCACGACGUGUUGCUCUUGUUGAGUGCGGAAGCAGGCAGCGGCGACGGACUGCUGGGCGUGUGUGGCCGCGUUGCCCCGCCCAGGCUCUGAGGCGACUCCAGAAAGCAAGGCGCGCAACCGCUUGCCCGGCCGCCCCGCAAUGUUAUCGAUAAUGCUUGUAAAGACGAAUGCGCACGGUGUCGGAAGAGGGUGUCGUAGCUAGCAGGCAGCACAGGAUGAAACCAUGUAAGGUCAGGCGGAG